GCUGCCCCUCGGUCGCUUCGCCUGCAUAUCUGUAGAGUGAAGACGUGAACCGUCGUCGUUCCUUAUUGCUGUGUCGAGUCCCUGGAGUUGCAUUUCUCGUAGAGCUUCGCUGCUCUCUCGGAACAUCUCCAUCCGUUCACGGAAACCGACCGUAGUUUGACCGCCGAACGCCACACGAAUUCAGUUUCCGCCGGCCAUGUCUUACUACAACGACCCCUCUUGGCCUGCGCCUGCGCCUGGCCGCCAAUCGUCAUGGGAGCAGCCCCAGCCGCCCUCACGUUCAGGCGCCAGCUCGACUGUAAACCGGGAUGAGGCCAAUGCCUUUGUCGCACAAUUCGAUGAGGUCGAGCGCGCCACCGAGAACCUCGCCAAGGGCGGGAAGCCCUUCGGCGGAUACCCUCCAGCCACCCCUCAGGCUGGCGGCAGCCGUCGCGAGUCGAUGCCCAUGAUGGCUGGCCCCCGCCCGUACCCUGAGCAGCAAGACGCUCGCUACGGCGGCCAGCAGCAGCGCCACCACUCUGUCAGCGAGUACGACGGCAUGCGCUCACACUCAGCCUCGAACGCCCAGGGUUUCUACCAGAACCAGCGCUUUGCGCCCCGACCCAACGAUGCGGACCAGAUGGCGCAGGCAAAGCGACGGAUGGCUGCUCAGCGCGAGCGUGAGCUGCGCAACUACCACCAGGAGCAGCAAUAUCACAGAAACGUUUCGGGAUCUGGAUCCAAGUCGGACCGCUCCAUGAGCCCCAAUGCCUUGAAUGAAGACGACCGCCGCGAACUCAUCGCCCGCCAGCAUCGUGCCCUGUACGGCGAGACCUCCACCCUCUACAAUAACAACCCAACCUCCAGCCAGGACGUCCGAGUCCAGUCAGCUGGAGCAAACCGUGGCGCUUCUCCUCUGGCCUUCGAUCCUUUCGGCACUCAAGCACAGAACAUGUCCGGCGAGACUUCUGUUCAGAUGCCCCCACGAGGCGACAAGGAUGCUGCAAGUGGCGCCCAGGAGGUCCGCGCCAACGGCAACUCGUCUCCUUCGUCGCACCAGAACCCGUCUUUCGGUCUGUUCGACGCGCAGCAGGCUAGCCGCACCUCGAACUCCUCUCCUGGCGGCUCUCCAGUCCCCGGUCCCAAGGCCAACGGCUCUGGCGUUGCCCCAAUUGGUACUCGUCCUGCUCCCAACCAGCACCAGCAGGCUGGUGCUCCCCUCGGCAAGCGGGCCACUACACCUCUGCCCUCGCCGCUCAGCUACAACGCUUACAACGCUAGCGAACAGAACCACGUCACUACUACUUCCUCUUCUUUGAAUCCCUCGUCAACAAUCACCGACAAGGGUGCUGCUAUCUGGAACAACGGUCCUUGGGGUAACACGCCCAACCAGGGUGUUCAGGCCUCUGUCUGGGGCUAAAAUGGAGUUUUGAUUAGGAGUCUUGAUGCACAUCCGGAGUUUCUGCAUUUCAAGGUGUCCUAGGCAUUCGUGUCGGCUUUCCAACGAAUAUCCACAGGCGGAACAGGUUAUGGGU